UCGCCACUGCGGCCCAUCCUGGAAUGUUCGUCCUGGGAGUUGCGUGCCCCUGAGCCGUAGGCACUUCGUGGCGGCGUAAGCGGGAGCGGGGAGCGCAGCGAGAGGCGGGGCGGGCGUGGGUGGCGGGGCGCGGGCGCGGGUGUGUGAGUGGGGCGCGGCGCUCCCUCGUCCGCAGGUGGCGCGCGUAGCGCCGGGGGCGCGGCGGCCGCGGCGAGCGCAGGCUUUGGCUCUGAGGCCUGAGGCGGAAGCGGAGGCGGAGGAGGCGGGGCCGGAUGAGGCUGCGGCGCGCGACGCCAGGAGCACGAGCAGCCCGCGAGCAGCACGACCACCCCACCGCCCACGCAGAAUGGCCGCCGAACAAGAGGACCACGACCGUAGGGUCAGAGACUGGAAAUACAGAUCAAGUCUCCCAGUGCCUAUGUUUAGUCGUAAUGACUUUUCCCUCUGGUCAGUACUAAAGAAUUGUAUAGGCAAAGAGUUGAGUAAAAUCACAAUGCCAGUAAUAUUUAAUGAACCUCUGAGCUUCUUGCAGCGGAUGGUAGAGUAUAUGGAAUAUGCCCAUCUCCUGCGAAAGGCAUCAGAGGAAUCAGAUCCCAUUGCACGCAUGCAGUAUGUUGCUGCCUUUGCAGUAAGUGCUCUUGCUUCAAAUUGGGAGCGACUUGGCAAACCUUUCAAUCCCCUCUUGGGAGAGACAUAUGAGCUAGAGAGAGAUGGUUACAGGGUCAUCUGUGAGCAAGUUAGCCACCAUCCACCAGUGUCAGCAUUUCAUGCAGAGAGUAAAGAUUUUAUAUUUCAUGGUUCUAUCCACCCAAAACUAAAAUUCUGGGGCAAAAGUGUUGAAAUACAGCCCAAAGGACAAGUAACUGUGGAGCUCCCUCGAUGGGGGGAGGCUUAUUCAUGGACCAAUGUUAAUUGCUGUGUUCACAAUAUCAUUGUAGGAAAAUUGUGGAUGGAACAAUAUGGAACUAUGGAAGUAGUCAAUCAUGCGAGUGGUCAUCGUGCCAUUCUAACAUUUAAGCCAGCUGGUUGGUUUUCAAAGGACUUGCAUCGUGUUGAGGGCUUCAUCAUUGAUCGACAUAAGAAGAAACUUCACUUCCUGUAUGGGAAAUGGACUGAAUUCAUUCGUUGCACAGAUGUCGGAUCAUAUGAAGAGUAUGUCAAAGAAAAUGCUCACAAGUUCAGGCGAGAUGGUGAGAAAGGAAAGGGACCCACUCCUACAGACAGUCCUUCUCAUACACCAAAGAAAGUAUUGGCAAAAUUAAAUAGUCUGAAAGUUGGACCCUUCAAGUCCAAUUCACAAUCAGGGAGUAACAAUAGUGUGGAUGAUGGGUGCCCCAUUCCAGAACCUGGUGAUGGUGACCUUCCAAAAUGUGACUCUACAUACUCGAUUGACAUUCCUAAUUCAUCUACAUUAUGGGAAGCUGAUCCACGCCCAGAAAAUACCGCUGAGUAUUAUCAGUUCACUCUGUUUGCAAUGUCUCUGAAUGAAAUGGAAGAUGGAAUGCCUGAAAAACUAUGUCCCACAGACUGCAGACUGCGUCCUGAUAUACGCAAGCUGGAAGAAGGAGAUAUUGAUGGAGCAGCUGCUGAAAAAACACGUUUAGAGGAAAAACAGAGAGAUGCACGCAAAGCACGCAAAGGGAAGAAAGGAGAUUGGAGCCCUAAGUGGUUUGCUCAUGGGAUGAAUCCCUAUACUAAAGAAGAAGAUUGGUUGUAUAGUGGAGGUUACUGGGACCGCGACUUCGGUCACAUCCCUGAUAUCUUCUAAAAGGAGUACAUCAUCUCAUGCUGAAAUAUUUAAUUGUUAAAAAUAGAAGAAUGGAAAUGGUUUGAGUAGUAUUAUUACUGUUUCAUUAACGUUUUGAGGAAGGCAUGAACAAAAUAUUGAGCUGUUGAUAUUACCACGAAAUACAGUUUGUGAUUAUUUAGUGAUAUUAAUUUCACUGGUGAGUACAAUGAUGAGAGAGGCUUUUGUUUUUAUUUACGUGUAUGUAUGUUUUUAUGUACAUUUUAUUUCUUCUUGUAAUAUUUCCUUGUUUUGCGGAUUCAAGUGCACAUAUUUCUUGACAAAGCCUUUGCUAAAAUUUUUGGGUGUUAAUAAAUUUUAAAAACUCUUUCUAUCUUAGUUGACAAAGCGUAUGUGUACAAUCUAUUUUAGAUCUUGCCAUUAAUAAAGUGAUGAAAAUUGUAUAAUUUCAAUAAUAUUGAUUUUGAUCCAUUAACUAUUUGUAAUUACAAUUCAUGGAGUAACUGUAAUAUUAAACUGAAUUUGGAGUACACACUUCAAUUAUAAUUAAUUUUUCUAAUAAAAGUUUGUAUUUUUCAAAAUAUUAGAGUACUUUCAGAACUUACAAGGGAGAUCUUUAAAUGAUUCUGAGUAUAAUCUUCAUACAUGUUCUGAUAGUGAUCUUGCUGGAAUGUAAAACUUUACUCAUAUGGAUAAUGUGUCAACAUUAAUAUAAUGGAAUUGUUUCCAUAACUAUGCCUUCUGGUAUUAUGAGGGCAUCAGGUACCCUGACCUAUCAGCUGACAUCUUAAUGAAACACCUUUCUGUAGUAAGAAGUGAUGUAUUUAUCUUUCUGGAGAUAUUACUCUAACAUAAAGUGUUACUUUUAAUUAUGUAAUAAUUGCAACUGUUUAUUGUUUAUUGUUAUCUCAAAUCACACAAAAAGGGUAAAGAGAUAAUUAAAGUUGCUUCAAAAUUGAUAUGUUUGGAAAUCUUUGGUGGUAAUGAAAAGAGGGAAAAUGUUUGGAAAGAUGGUCUUUGGAAAAAGUGACUGUGACUUGCCGCAGUCAGUGCAUAUUGUAAUAAUGUAUUAUAAUUGUAAUAUAGUUUCAACCAAACAAUUAGGACAAUAGUUUAUAAUGAAUAAUGUUAUUUAUAUGUAUUUUGGCUAUUUAUUGCAUAUAUAUGUAUAUAUUUUUUGUCUACAAAAGAAAGCAGCUAUAUUCUGUAGACACUCAUAUCAAACUUGUAGUGCAAUAAAGAAUGUGAAGGCGUGUGCUAUAACUACCGCUAGAAAAGUAGAAAAUAGUUUUUGUUACCUUGAAAAAAAUGUGCAACAUCUCCAAAUAUGCCUGUAGAGCAUUUUGUAUAGACAAAAGCCUUGUAGAACAUUAUCUGUUCUUCUACAGUGUAAUUGUGUUCAAGAAAUGUAAUUUCAAAACAUGUUUUGUGAUGUAUUGAAAAUCUAUUUAAAAAAGUUUUGAAGUUAUGUUUUAGUUUUUUCUUAAACCACACAAUUGCAAAUAUUUUAUGGAAAUGAAGAAACCAUAUUAGAUCUCCAAAAUGUGAAAUGUAAUUGCUGAGAAUCACAUAAUCUACGUUUUGAAAACUAGGUCUCUCAGUUUUUUUAAAUAUACAUGUUGAAUAGAAACAAAAGUACUAAGUGAUUUUAUCCUUCAUUAUUGAUUUUUGCUCAAUUGUUGAUGCAGGAAAUCAUUCAACUUUUCAUUCAGCAAUUGAGGAAUACAGAAUUACAACUAUCACAGAAGUAAAGCAUUUUAUGCAAAUGUCAGUUUUAUUAUAAUGCUCAGACUUAUUCUCCAUCCUACCAUUUCAUUUAUUACCCUUGUUUAUUUAAUCUUUCUGGAGUUGUUUUCUGGCUGUGAACUUUGUAGUUAAAAUUUUAGUUCUAUGUUUACAUCAUCAAAUUCAGAACGGGAAAGUAGAAAUCACAAUUUACUAAGACUCUCUAUUUUACUUGUAUGCAUUAACUCUUUGUUUAACAUAUUUGCUAUUCUCAAAUAGGUGUGGAAAAAGAUAUGCUUUAAACUUGACAUUUUAUAUCUUUCAUUUUAAAGCAUUACCUCUCUGCAAUUGUUUUUUAAUUCUUGAAAAUAUUUGCACUUGUGGAGUGUCCCUUGUAUUUUCUGUCUUCUGUUUUGCAUUUUUUUAUAUGCCCAAGGAAAACAACCACUGGCCGGGCUAUAAGUUAUAAUUUUUUGAUUAAUACUAUUUUUAACUUAAUUUUAUAUUUGAAUUAGUAUAAUUCUUAGUAGAAUAUUUGAAUUUGAAAGACACCUUACUUUUAAAAUAUAGUAUUGCCUAAAUUUAUUAGACAGUUGUAAAUUAUACUCAUAUUUCAUAACCCUUGGGCUAUGAUUUGAGGAAGUCAAUUAAUAACUGAAAGUUUGCUAUAACAGAUCAUGCAUUUUAAGAUUAGCUAACUUGAAAAUAACUGUAUUUUACACAGUUGUCUACAUCUGGGUAACUUCAUGCAGUUGAAUUAUUGCAGACAAAAAAAUAAUACUGCUUCUUAGGGAGUUAAAUAUGUUGGAUGCUGGCAGGGAAGUAUUUCUGACAAUUUUUUGUCUUGAUUGCAUCUACGGGAUAUUUAGAAAUGUAAAUUUCUGUGAAUAUUGUGAAUACAUUUCAAAAUUAAGUGUAUAAAAUGAAUGAAACAUAUAAAGAAUGUUUCAUUUUGGAGUUCUGUGAUAGUGUAUAAAUACCAAUAGAAGAACCUCAUUAUUUGUCUGUGAUAACAUUGGCAUAUGUGUUAUCUCCAGUCAUUAAGUAUGUAUUUAAUGUAUGUUCAUGAAGUACCCUUCAAUUUACCUCGUAGGUCAUUAAUUAUGUCUAUACUUUUUCAUUUAUAUUAUUCUUACUUGUUAUGUUAAUAUAUAUUUUAUAUUCACUUGAACACGAAUGAAGACUUGAAAUCUUUGCCCAUAGAAGUCAUGACAUAAUAUUUGGGGGGCAAGAUUUGCAUAGAUUAUAAAUAACUCAUCCAUACAACGAUCAGUAAUACAAGCAGUAAAAUCUGUCAGUAAUAUCAAUAAAUAAAUGUGUAUUGUAUUUUGUAUCUGCUAUAUGUCUUAGGGACCAAGUCAUUUAUGUUGAGAAGAAUUGACCGUUGAAUCAGAUGUUUAUGUGGUUUAGAAAUCAUUUGAUACAUGUGCUUGUUUUGGAAGUAGUGUUUUUGUACUUUUGCACAAUUCAGAAGUUGGUUUCUUCCAGCCUUCUGAAGAACUUAGAAAAGUUUCUUUCUCUUUCCUUGAGAUUGUUCAAUACACAUCUCAUAAUUCUGUAAUUUUGUUAAACUCUAACCCCCAAAUUUGAACUAUUAUAACAAGGCUCUUGUUAAAACAAUAUUUUUUUAUGGGUUGUGUUGAAAUAUUGGUUUUAAAAAAAAUAAGUGUUUCCAGUAGAUAAAUGUUUUUAUCUUUUUUCAGAAAUGCUCAAUUGUUUUUUUUUUUAACCUGAAAGGUAUGACUUGAGGUUUGAAAUACAUGUACGUUAUUGAAGGGUGAUGCAAAUCUACUGUCAGGAAAUAUUGAAUGUAAAUUUUUCAAAAAACUACUGAAUUAUUUUGGUGCAAAUCAAAUAUCCAUUUUUUGUUGAAUACUAAGGAAAUGUACUGGACUAAUACCCUAUUUGUUUAUCAAAACAUACAAUUCUAAUAACUAAGUUAAAAUUUCUAUGAUCAUAGUAAAUGAGACACAAAAAGCUUUUCCAUUAAAUAAAUGGUGUAAAGUAAAACGACAUGUUCUCAUUGGAAAGGAUCUUUCUCUUUCUGGUUUAUAAAACAAUUAAAAUUUAUUUGUUGUGGACUGAUGAGUCAUAGUAGAUAUUGAUUUUCUUUUAUAGAGUAUUGUGUCAAUUGUUAGGAAGUACACAUUUUCUUAUUGGUAGCGAUUUUUUGGUUAUGAAUUUUGAACUCAAGGAAGGUCUUCAAAGAUGUAAUACCUAACGUUUCAUCCAAAAAAUAAAUGAAAUAAUAUGAAUAUAAAAUAAAAUUUCUGUUGAAAUAAUUUCCAAAAUUAAAGAAUAAAAGUAAAAUAAUGAAAUGAAUGUAAUAAAAAGGAAAUAAAAUGUAAAAGAAUGAAAGUAAAAGGAAGUUGUUUAAAAUGCUUUCCACCAAUUUCAUUUAUAUAAGUGUUAAAUGUUCCAAGGAAUUACAAUUCAAAAUAAAAAUUGGUUGAAAAAUAGUUUCUCAAGAAAUUGUGAUGAAAGUUCCCUGGUGACAGUACAAUUCGAAUUCACUCCAUAAAAAUAUAUACUAAAGACGAAUGAUCUCUUUUGUUAUUUUAGUUAUUAUUGGAAAAAGAAUAAAUAUUAUAUUUUAUCAUAUUCAAAUUCAGGAAAAUAAAGAAUGCGAAUGUGUAUUUGUCUCAAUUUCAAUUUGGUAUUUUGACAGUUACAAUGUCAAUGUGCUUUUUUUUUAUUUAUUUAAGAAUCAUGGAAACACAAUUCAAAGUGUUUAUUUAUUAUGUUAAAGACAUUAAUUGGUCCUGUGAUUGAACAAAAAACUCCUAAGUAUAGCAUUAUCAUACCAUGCUGCAGGUGUAAUGGUUUUGGAAAAUACUGUGUAAAAUGUUUUGUCAAAUUUUGAUCAACUUUAACAUUCCUACAUCUAUUUAUGUAAUUGUCUCAAUUGGCAGCUUGUCGGGUAAGCUUAUUCGCUUGAAAAAGAUUUAUUUUCUAAAUUUAUAAUAAAUUUUCAAUGAGUUAAUUGAAAAUCAAAAACGAUUUACACUGUUCGAAAAUCAUAGAUCUUCAAAAUCUCACUACAUUGCAAAUAGGUGUAGGAAUUUUGUUUAGUGCAUUUAAUGAUUCUGAUGGAUGUGCUCAGACAUUGUUGAGAAAAUUUGAAAGUUAUUGCUAUUUAUUUGUGGCUUUGUAGAUUAAUGUAAGUACAUACUUAUUUUCAAAAGGUUCAUAGCUUUUUAGUGCUUUCUUGUAACCUUUUAAUUCAUGUUCUCAUAUAGUUCUUUAUUUUAAGUGUUACUUGUAAAUAGAAGUGCUUGAUAUUAGAACUGCAGCAUUGACUGUGUGAUUGAGUUUUAGCUGUGGAACGUACACAAUCUUGUAGUCAUGUUUGUGUGUUAUUGAUAAAAUGUUCAGUAUUGGUCUUGUGUGUGUAUAUACAUAAUGUAUAUGUUUAAUGUGAAUAUAUGAGAUGAGUUAAGCAGUGACAUAAUAGAUGAAUAUAAUGAAAAUAUCAAAGUUGAAAUUUUUUU